GUCACAGGUCAGUGCUCGUGCAAACCUGGUUUUGGCGGCAGCACAUGUCGGGAGUGCAGGGAGCUGUUCUGGGGGAAUCCAGAGGUUAAAUGUCACGCUUGUGACUGCGACCCUCAGGGGAUCUCCAGCGAGCAGUGUCAUCGUGCCACCGGUCAGUGCACCUGCGUGGAGGGUGUUUCCGGCCCGCGCUGCGACAAGUGCGCCCGUGGCUUCCAGGGCGAGUUCCCCGACUGUGAACCCUGCCACCAGUGCUUCGCCACCUGGGACGUCGUGGUCGGCGAGCUGACCAAUCAGACCCAACGUCUGGAGGCCCAGGUGACGGAGCUCCAGACCAGCGGGGUGACGGAGCCGUACAAAGAGUUGAUCGGCAGCCUGGAGAGAAACGCCAAGGCUGUGAGAGAGAUAGUCGAGAGCAACCCUGCAGCCGUGAAGCUGGAGCAGACACAGGAUCUAAUGCACCAGAUCACUGGUUUGAUGUCCUACCUGAACGGAAAGCUCAACACCACAGAGGAGACCUUGAACCUUCUCCACAGCGACGCCAACUCCACCGACUUUAACUUGGACGCACUGACGGACGAGGCCAACCAGCUGGAGCUGAGCGUCCAGGAUCUGAGACAGCAGGUGUACGAUGCCAAGAACGCCAACCUCCAGGGUGCCAUGGACACCAUCACAGCGGCACACACGCAGUCUACGACGGCGGAGCUCCUCGCAAACACCUCCACCAGUGACCCUGGAAACACGGUGGAAGAGUCCGCCGUGGUACGGAAAGCCACGGAGGACAAACUGAGCAGAGGUCAGAAGGAGUUCGACCGCAAGCACCAAAGAAACUCACAGAAGCUGGAGAAACUGUCCAAGGAGCUGGACAAGUUUGAUCUGACACCUCUUAGUGAGAAGACGUGUGGCGGCGCAGCCUCGGGUGACGGCUGCUCCGGCUCCUCCUGCGGCGGGUUGGGUUGUGUCGGCGAGGGAGGAGCGCCUCACUGUGGAGGAGAAGGAUGCGAAGGCGUCGUCACGACCUCCCAAACUGCUCUCAAAUCAGCCAAGGACCUGGACCUGGAGAUCUUAGCAGCUAUGCAGGAGGUGGACAAGCUCUCCAGGAUGGUGUGGGAGGCAAACAUCCGUGCAAACGAGGCCAAGGGGAACGCGAUGGAGGUGCUGAUCAAAUCCAACCGGAGCAAGGAGAGGGUGGAGCAGAGCAACGAGCAGCUCCGCAACCUCAUCAAAGAGAUACGAGACCUCCUCACCAAUGAAAAGGCAGAUGUUUCGGUGAUCGAGAUGGUGGCGAACGAGGUGAUGGCUCUGGAGAUGCCGACCUCGACGGAGAAGCUGCACGAGCUGACGAAGGAGAUCAGGGACAAGGUCGGCACCCUGACCAGCGUGGAGACCAUCCUGAGUCAGAGCGCUGAGGACAUCCAGGUCGCAGAGAAUCUGCUGAAGGAGGCCAAGGCUGCCAGUGAACAGGCGUCCAACGUAAAGGAGACAGCAGAUGUAGUGAAGGCAGCGCUGGACGAGACGGAGCGCGCUCAGACUAUCGCCAUGGACGCUAUCCAACUGGCCCAGAACAACACUAAGGGCACAUUGGACCUGCUGAUCUCUGUGGAGUCGGAGACAGCCUCAACGGAGCUGAAGCUCGGUAACACCACAGGUCGCCUGGUUCAGCUGGAGAGGGAGGUCGGCCUGCUGAGACAAAACAACCUGGAAGUGAACCAGCUAACAGAGACGGCCGAAUGGGUCAGAAACCAGGCCAGACAGGAAGCAGACGAGGCCAAGAAGGAGUUUGACUCGGAGGUGAAAGAUAAACUGGAGGAGGUGGAGGACCUGGUGGAGGAUAAAGGGGAGUCGGUGCUGCAGGCGAGGAGGAGAGCAGACGCGCUGCAGCAGGAGGCCAAGGAGCUGCUCACUCAGAGCAGCAACAAGCUGCAGAGACUUGGAGAGCUGGAGAGCUCCUACAAGGACAACCAGCGCGUCCUGGAGGACAAAGCUGCAGAGCUGGCCGAGCUGGAGCAAACCGUCCGCAAGAUCCUGGAGGAGAUCAGCUACAAAGUGACUCUGUACAGCACCUGUCUGUGAUGACAGCACCUCAACCUCUGCUGCCCGGGAUUCUAAUAGAGACAAAUACUGCUCCCACAUAAAUACCAUGUUUUAUAGCCGUCAGGACCAAACACUGUUCAGAUGUUUUGAUUGUGUCAGCGCCAGCAGCCGAACGUCUAAACGUAACGGACAGCUGAGCCAAGAAGUAUUUUAACAAUGGAGACAAGCUGCCAAAGAUGAAAGAAAACCACUGAAAGCCAACGAGACCUCAGUGCUAGAAGUAUUUACCAGUGUAAGCUACUACAAUCUAUGUAUUUAAAUAUAUGACUGAACAUUUGUGAGAAAUAUUCAAAGUUUUAUAGAUAUAAGCCCAAAGAUAUGUAACAUUGACAGGACCAAACAAAUAAUAAAAUUGGAUUUGAAGAUGAAUGUACUGGUUUUUCUGUGGGCUGGUAGAGAAUAUCUGUUUCCUCAUUUUUAUUAUUUACAUGAAAUAAAAUUCCUUAGACAUAAACAAAUCACCGUCUAUGACGUAGUAAGUGCAGACUCUGAAACCAGAAACCAAAAACAUCUAAAUGUAGAAUUGUAAGUAAUAAAUUUUAGGCCUGAUUCUGGAUGAUUUCCAUGUUUUUCUCCCAGUGAGUUGAAAAGAGGUUUUACGUUCUCAUAAACACUUUGGUUGGGAAAAUGAUUUAGAGAGUUACUGUACUGCAUUAAACAUUUUACAAAUAUUA